AUGAAGCUCAAGUCACUAAGUCAUUUAGACUUGAGCUUCAACACGUUCAGUGGAAUACCAAUUCCCAAGUUUUUAGGAUCACUGAUGCAUUUGCAAUAUCUGAACCCGUCAAAGGCUGGCUUUGCUGGUUUAAUUCCACCUCAUCUGGGAAACCUUUCUCACCUGCAGUCUCUCGGUCUCGCUGAUUAUAGCCUGCAUGUUGAAAAUCUAGAAUGGGUGGCUGGCCUCGUAUCUUUGAAACAUUUUAGAAUGGAUGGAGUCGACCUUUCAUCCGUAGCGACAACAGAUUGGGUUAGUGCAUUAAACCAGCUACCUUCUUUAAUGAAAUUGCAUCUAUCUUCUUGCCAACUUUUCGGACAAAUUCCAUCUCCUCCAUCUCUCAAUUUAACUUCACUUUCUGUCAUAGAUCUUAGUUUUAAUAAAUUUUCUUCUAUGAUUCCUGAUUGGCUAGUUAAUAUUAACACCUUACAACAUGUUGACAUAAACAAUAAUGAUCUGCAUGGAAAAAUACCACUUGGCUUAAGAGACCUACCAAACUUGCAGUAUUUGAAUUUAGGGAACAAUGAAAAUCUCAAAGCAAGUUGUUCUCAACUCCUGAUGAAAGGAUGGGAAAGGAUACAAGUACUUGAUUUAUCGAUUAAUAAAUUACACGAGAGACUUCCUUCAUCCAUUGGAAACUUGACCUAUCUUACUUACUUGGAUCUUCAUGAUAAUGCUAUUGAGGGUGGUAUUCCUAGUUCCAUUGGUCAACUCUGCAACUUGAAUAUUAUCGAUUUAUCAAGAAACAAGAUGACAAGAACUCUACCUGAAUUUCUUCUAGGAAUACAAAAUUGUCCUUCCAGAAAACCUCUUCCUAAUCUUGUGUAUUUUAUCAUGAGCUACAAUCAACUUCAUGGUAAAAUUCCAGACUGGUUAGUUCAAUUAGAAAGUCUAGCCGGUAUAGACCUUGCACGUAACCAGCUUGAAGGUCCCAUUCCUUUUUCCUUAGGGUCAUUGCAAAAUCUUAUAACCUUGAUACUUGAAAGGAAUCAAUUAAAUGGUACUCUCCCAAAGAGCUUAGGACAACUUUCAAAGUUAUCACGCUUAGAUGUUUCUUCCAAUCAAUUGACAGGCAUGGUGACUGAAGAUCAUUUUUCUAAGCUAAGUAAGUUGAAUUUCAAUUAUGUUAUGGUCAAGAACUAUGCUACCAAUUCACUCAUACCAUUAGUACCUACAUGA